AGUGCUGCCUUGGCGUAGCGCUGAUUAGUGCAGUCUUUAGCUGAUUUUAUUUGAAAGAUUUCACGGAGAUGAUGAGGGCGCUGGGGUAUCCCCGACUCAUUUCUAUGGAGAAUUUUCGCAGCCCAAACUUCAUGCUAGUUUCAGAGGUGCUUCUCUGGCUAGUGAAAAGGUAUGAACCUCAGACUGAUAUUCCUCCUGAUGUGGAGACAGAGAAGGACCGGGUUUUUUUCAUUAAGGCUGUCGCUCAGUUUAUGGCUACCAAAGCUCACAUCAAGCUCAACACUAAGAAGCUUUACCAGGCAGAUGGCUAUGCAGUGAAGGAACUGUUAAAGAUCACCUCUGUGCUUUACAGUGCCAUGAAUACCAAAGGAAUGGAGCACACAGAAGUGAAUGAGGAAGACAGCAGCAAGUUCAAGUUUGAUCUUGGCUCAAAAGUUGCUGAUCUGAAGGCAGCUAGACAGCUUGCUUCUGAAAUCACCUCCAAAGGAGCAAGUUUGUAUGACUUACUUGGCAAAGAAGUUGAACUAAGGGAAGCAAGAACAGAAUCUAUUGCCAGACCUUUGGAGAUAAAUGAGGCUGAAAAGAUGAUGAAAAUUGCCAUCAACAAUAUUCUGGAACAAGUCCAAAAGACUAAGGACAUGUUGAAUAACGUGGCUUUGGAUGAAGCCAAUUUGGAAGCCAGGAUUGAAAAACGGAAAUUGGAACUGGAAAUAAGCCAGAAGAGACUACAGACCCUACAAAGUGUUCGUCCUGCUUUUAUGGAUGAGUAUGAGAAGAUUGAGGAGGAACUGCAGAAACAAUACAGCAGUUACCUAGAAAAAUUCCAUAAUCUGACCUAUAUGGAGCAGCUCCUAGAUGAUCUUCGUAGAACAGAGCAAGAGAUGUUUGAGGAAGCAGCCAACAGACUCCAUCUUAUGCAGAACAGGCUGAAGGAGGAGGAGCAGCACCUACUUAAGAGUGGAGAUAAUGACGAUUCCGACGUAGAGAUUCAGGAGGAUGAAGGAUCUGAUAGCGAAGGGGAAGAGAGGCAGCUAAUAAAGCAGUGCAAAGCCAUGGAGACUGCAGUGCAAGGAAGAGCUGGCAAACGGAUCGUGGGAACAAUGCAUGGUGGAGACACAGAGGAGGACGAGGACUCGGAGGACAGUGAAAUUGAUUUGGAUGAUGAUGAUGAUGAUGAUGAUGAAGAUGUAGAAGAUGACAGCAUGGAAAUCUCCCCGAGCAAAUCCAAUCGCCGGGCAAGGAAGCCAGAGCUGCUAGAGGAAAGUGAUAAUGACUUCUGACCCUUCAGUAGCAGGACCAGGAGGCAUCUUGAAAUGCAAACUUUGGACAGCAUGCAGGUCAGGACCUAAUAGCCUGCCAUCUGAAAAAUGCUUGCCAGCAUGAAUUCAGGAGUUGGUAAAUAAUGUUCAUUAAACUUGAAAAUUAAACUUGGAUUGCUAAUCUUGUGACUCUCAAA